AUGCGGGCUAUGCAGCAACAAUUUGAGCGCAUGAAUGUCGUGUUCAAUGAGAUUCGAGAUCAGUUGGAUAGGCAUGAGGAUCGGCUCGAACAACUUCAGCAAGAGCCAUUACCUAGGCAUCGGAGACCCGACCAGCGGCCACAUUUUGCUCCAAAUGUCCCAGUUGAUGACUAUGAUGAUGGAGCGAGCAAUGAAGUGGUCUCCAAUGCUACUUGGAGGAGAGCUAGGGAUAUCAGACCCGAAAGGCCAAGGCAUGUUCAAAGGCAACACCGAGAAAGGGAAGCCGUAGAUCGUAACAUGGGCACCAUCAAGCUGUCCAUUCCUCCAUUUCAAGGGUCCAUGACUGUGGAAGACUACCACAAGGACAUGGAGAUAGCCUUGAUUCGGGCUAACAUUGAGGAGGACCGAGAGGCGACCAUGGCUCGGUUCAUUUGUGGCCUGAACCGUGAGAUUGCCAAUAUUGUUGAGCUGCAUCACUACGUGGAGCUUGACGAUGUGGUACACAUGGCAGUGAAAGUUGAAAGACAACUCAAGAAAGGAGUGCGAUCAUCUUCCAAGUAUGAGGCUGCAAGUUCAUCCCCUUGGAAGCAGAAGUGGGGAUCAUCAAAACCAACUGAGAAAGUAGUUUCAAAAUCAAAGGGAGAGACGAAUGUGGCCAAGACACAACCUAGCAUCAAAGAUAGGGGUAACUCAUCUUCCCAACCUCAAAGAAAUCGUGACAUCAAAUGUUUUCAUUGUUUAGGAUCAGGUCAUAUUGCUUCUCAAUGCCCAAACAAACGAUCAAUGAUCAUAUUGGAUAAUGGGGAGAUCGAAACUGAAGAGGAAGAUGAAGGAAAUGAGUCUACUCCAUUAGUUGAAGAUACUAGUGAUGUUGAGCUUGCUGUUGAUGGCCAAGCUCUUGUUGUGCUGAGAGCUCUCCAUAUGCAAGCCAAAGAAGACGAUGACGGGCUGCAAAGGGAGAACAUCUUCUACACCCGCUGCCAUGUGAAAGAUCGGGUAUGCGGUUUGAUUAUUGAUGGUGGCAGCUGUGUUAAUGUGGCAAGCAAGUUAAUGGUGGACAAGCUUGGUCUACCUACCUUGAAGCAUCCAAAGUCAUAUAAACUCCAAUGGCUCAAUGACAGUGGAGAAAUGAAGGUAACCAAGAAGGUCCUUAUUUCAUUUACGAUUGGAAGGUAUACAGAUGAGGUUCUGUGUGAUGUUGUACCCAUGCAAGCUAGCCAUUUGCUUCUUAGAAGAUCGUGGCAAUUUGACAGAUGGACCACACAUGAUGGGUAUAAGAACCGCUACAGCUUCAGCAAGGAUGGUAGGAACAUUACACUUGCACCUUUGACACCUCGUCAAGUAUUUGAGGAACAACUCCAGAUAAAAAAGUCCGUUGCAGCAAGAGGAAAAGGUGUGGUUCAGAUAGAAAAAGAAAAUGAGAGUGAAAAUGAAAAAAAAAGAUGUGCUGUGAUGUCUCUUUUGCAAGAUUUUAAGGAUGUCUUUUCCGAGGAUACGCCACCUGGGUUACCACCCAAAAGAGGAAUCGAGCAUCAAAUUGAUCUCAUUCCGGGAGCUUCCAUUCCAAACCGACCAGCUUAUCGAAGUAGUCCAGAAGAGACCAAAGAGCUUCAAAGGCAAGUCGAAGAACUUAUGACCAAAGGACAUGUUCAUGAAAGCAUGAGUCCCUGUGCUGUGCCUGUGCUGUUGGUUCCAAAGAAAGACGAUACUUGGAGGAUGUGCGUGGAUUGUCGAGCUGUAAACAAGAUAACGGUAAAGUAUCGUCACCCUAUUCCUCGCUUAGAUGACAUGCUUGAAGAAUUACAUGGAUCCACUAUAUUUUCUAAGAUUGAUUUGAAGAGUGGGUAUCAUCAAAUUCGAAUUAAGGAAGGAGAUGAGUGGAAAACAGCUUCUAAGACAAAACAGGGGCUAUAUGAAUGGUUAGUGAUGCUAUUUGGAUUGACGAAUGCUCCUAGCACAUUUAUGCGUCUCAUGAACCAUGUGCUACGUGCAUUUAUUAGAAAAUUUGUUGUUGUUUAUUUUGAUGACAUUCUGAUCUAUAGCAAGAGUUUGCAUGACCAUAUUGAUAAUUUGAAAUGUGUGCUUGAAGCUUUGAGGCGUGAAAAAUUAUUUGCUAACCUUAAGAAAUGCAGCUUUUGCGUAGAUAGGGUUGUUUUCCUUGGAUUUGUUGUUAGUUCCAGAGGCGUGGAAGUUGAUGAGGAGAAGGUGAAAGCUAUCAGGGAAUGGCCUACCCCUAACACCAUCACUGAAGUAAGGAGUUUUCAUGGUUUAGCCGGGUUCUAUAGGAGGUUUGUGCCAAAUUUCAGCACCAUCGUUGCCCCUUUAACGGAAAUCAUCAAGAAGAAUAUUGGAUUUAAGUGGGGAGAGACACAAGAAAAAGCCUUCAACGCAUUAAAAGAAAAGCUAAAAAAAAGGCCAAUUGCCUACUUCAGUGAGAAGCUCAAUGCUGCAGCGUUGAACUACUCAACAUAUGACAAGGAGCUCUAUGUAUUGGUGCGAGCUUUGGAGACAUGGCAACAUUACUUGUGGUCCAAGGAGUUCAUUAUUCACACGGACCAUGAGUCACUGAAGCAUUUGAAAGGCCAAGGUAAAUUGAAUCGCAGACAUGCUAGUUGGAUUGAAUUCAUUGAAAUAUUUCCUUAUGUGAUCCAAUACAAGCAAGGAAAAGAGAAUGUGGUAGCAGAUGCUUUGUCACGCAGGUACACCCUUAUCUCUACCUUAGGGUCAAAGUUUCUUGGAUUUGAGGACCUGGAGGAAUUGUAUGUGAAUGAUGCUGACUUUACUGAUAUCUUUAAAGUAUGCGAAAAGGGUGCAUUUGAUAAGUUCUAUAUACAUGAUGGUUACUUGUUUUGA